UUCUAUUCUAAAAGGCCGAGAUUUUAUGAGGCUGAGAGAGAGAGAGAGAGGCUGCUUCUGCUUUUUUUUUUUUCGUGAGAAAAAUACUGUGUGUUCGGUGUUGAUGUUGUUGUGUGGUUCUAUUUCAAUCUCGAAAAGAUUACUUCUGGGUGGUCUCUCUUAGAUACUUCUUAUCUUCUCCCUCUCUCUCUCACUAAGCUUGCGUACUCGAAAAGGGGGCUUUACAUUCUGAGAGUCUGAGUUCUUGGCGAGUGUGUGACUUGUGAUUAAACGAUCUUAAGCAAUGAGCUGUUGAAUCCGAAAUGAUUCCAGUGAGAGUUGGGAAUUCAGAUAAGUCAUUGGCUACUUGUUGGUUUCUUGUUAGCUUUUGGUGGAUGAUAAAUGGAAGGUUCUUCAAAUUCUAACUCCAGGGGAUUCAAUACCUCUGGUGUUUCAGACAGGAACACUGAGUUCUUACCUGUUGAGAGGAUCGCAGCUCGUUCCAAGCCUUCCUCUCAUGUCGAUGACUAUGUCAGAAGCUUGUUUGGUAGUACUAGUAGCACACACAAAUCCUGCGAAGACGAUUCUUUAGGGAUUGACCCUUUUGUUAGGUCCUUGGAAUGGGGUGAUGUUAGCUUGAGACAGUGGUUGGACAAACCUGAACGAUCUGUAGAUGUUUUCGAGUGCUUGCACAUUUUCAGACAAAUCGUCGAGAUUGUGAAUGUGGCUCACUCUCAAGGCAUUGUUGUUCAUAAUGUCAGGCCAUCUUGUUUUGUCAUGUCUUCGUUUAACCAUGUUUCGUUCAUUGAAUCCGCUUCCGACUCCGGCUCUGAUUCUUUGGAGGACAGUCCAAUUAGCCAGAAGGAAAUUGGUCGCUCGAGAAGAGAGGAAUCUGUAUCGAAAGCUAUUGCAAUUGAAGAGAAAGGAGUCUAUAAUAAGUUGUUGGAGAGACGAAUCGAGAAACUGGAGGAAGAAAAGAAUCAACCUUUUCCUAUGAAGCAUAUAUUAGCAAUGGAGACAAGUUGGUAUACAAGCCCUGAAGAGGAUUUUGGUUCUUCAAGUACUUGUGCUUCAGAUGUCUACCGUCUUGGCGUUCUCCUUUUCGAGCUAUUCUGCCCUGUGCCUUCAAGAGAAGAGAAGUCAAGAACUAUGUCUAGUUUAAGACACCGCGUUCUUCCGCCUCAGAUAUUGCUCAAAUGUCCAAAAGAAGCUUCCUUCUGCUUGUGGUUAUUGCAUCCCGAGCCAAGUUGUCGACCAUCAAUGAGUGACUUGCUGCAAAGCGAGUUUAUAACUGAACCAAGAGAUAAUUUGGAAGAACGUGAAGCAGCGAUUGAGCUUAGGGAUAGAAUCGAGGAACAAGAGUCAUUACUUGAGUUCUUGUUACUGAUUCAACAGAGAAAGCAGGAAUCUGCGUAUAGAUUGAGGGAUACAGUUUCACUUCUUUCUUCUGACAUUGAGCAAGUUGCAAAGAGACAAUUAAUUUUGAAGGAAAAGGGAAGCUUACUCUCUGAUUUCAGUAAAGAUGAUCAUCAGUAUCCCUCUGGUAAGCCAUUGGUGAGCUUCCAUGCAAACGAGGAGCCAUUAGCAUUCUUGGCCUCAAGAAAACGGUUUAGACAAGGGAUUCCAGCAUUGGAAAACGAUGCUGAAGUUGAUGAAGAGAGUCAAGGAAGCACACUUCUUGAAAGCUCCCGGUUGAUGAGAAACUUCAAGAAACUAGAAUCUGUCUACUUUCUAACUAGGCGCAGGCAAAUGAAAGCUGCUGCUUCAGGGAAACCAUUAAUUAGACAUUCACCGUUAAGUAGUGAAAAUGGAAGAGGUUCAAUGAUUGUCUCAGAGAAAAGCUCAGUAAGCAACCCGGUGGCACCUAAAGAUUUCUACAAUAAUGAUUUGAGACAAGGGGGGUGGAUAGAUCCAUUCCUUGAGGGUUUGUGCAGAUAUUUAUCAUUCAGUAAGCUAAGAGUAAAAGCAGAUUUGAAACAAGGAGAUUUGUUGAACUCUUCUAACCUUGUUUGCGCCCUUGCUUUUGACCGAGAUGGAGAAUUAUUUGCCACUGCGGGUGUCAACAAGAAAAUCAAGAUAUUCGAAUGCAAUUCCAUCGUAAACAAUAACCGGGACAUUCACUAUCCAGUUGUGGAAUUGGCUGGUCGCUCAAAGCUAAGUAGUUUAUGUUGGAACAGCUACAUAAAGAGCCAAAUUGCAUCAAGUAACUUUGAUGGGGUGGUUCAGAUAUGGGAUGUUGCGAGAAGCCAGUUGGUUACAGAGAUGAAGGAGCAUAAGAAGCGAGUAUGGUCCAUCGAUAUUUCAUCAGCAGACCCAACAUUGAUGGCUAGCGGUAGCGAUGAUGGAACCGUUAAGCUAUGGAGUAUCAAUCAGGGAGUUAGCAUUGGGACCAUUAAGACAAAGGCCAAUAUAUGCUGUGUCCAGUUUCCAUCAGACUCAGGACGGUCUCUAGCAUUUGGUUCUGCAGAUCACAAAGUUUAUUAUUACGAUCUUCGAAACCCCAAGAUUCCUCUUUGCACAAUGAUUGGUCAUAGCAAGACAGUGAGCUAUGUCAAGUUUGUAGAUUCAUCCACUCUUGUGUCCUCUUCUACUGAUAACACACUGAAGCUUUGGGACUUGUCGAUGUCUGCUUCUGGGGUUAAUGAAACCCCUCUUCACUCAUUCACUGGACAUACUAAUUUAAAGAAUUUUGUUGGCUUAUCUGUCUCUGAUGGGUAUAUAGCAACAGGCUCAGAGACUAACGAGGUUUUCGUGUACCACAAGGCGUUCCCAAUGCCAGUGAUGUCGUACAUGUUCAACGACACUGACUCUGUAUCUGGUCUCGAAGUCGAUGACGCCUCACAGUUCAUCUCUUCGAUCUGCUGGCGAGGACAGUCGUCUACAUUAGUCGCUGCUAAUUCCAAUGGCAACAUCAAGAUUUUGGAGAUGAUGGCUUGAGCCUCUCAAGGGUAAAAGGGUUAUCUCAUUGAUCUCUGGUUCUUGGCAAGAGAUCUGCUUUGUUGGAGUACUAUAGGGUAAACCAUUUUUACCAAAAAGAUAGGAAAGUGGAAAACAUUGUGUAUAGAAUUUCAUUAAAAAGAAAAACAAAAGGAGAAUACAAAUAUUGGAUCUUUGUAUUUGUAUAUUUUGCUAUAAUUGAAA